UUUUUAAAGAACGGUCAGGGUUGGUCACGAAAAUUUCCCAACCAGGCAGAAAACUCGAUUGAGAACACUUUUUAAAAUAUUUAAAAUAUCACGUGAGAAACCCGCGUAUAAAAAAACGUUUUCAUAUUCAUUUCUUUUCGAAAAUAUGCGUUUAAAAAUUCAAGCAAUACUGCAGCAUGCAUUCAAUAAAACGGAUAUUACUGCUUUAUGAUACAUGGUUAUUCACAUGUUAACAAUUAUAUAUGAAAACUCAUGUGCCAUUAUGCCAAUAUUUAUAACAUAGCCUAUUAUAUGAAAACGUUUGAGACUUUUAAUUUGAAUAGUAUCAGAAUGACCUGGCGCGGCCCAACCUAGGUCAUACCUUAUAUUAUAUAACAUUUGAGCUAUACUAUUGUACAGUUAAACCGUCGUAUCCAAACAUUACACUAAUACAAACGUGGAGAAAAGAAACAACCACCCCCUCGCUCGUUUCAGGCAAUGUUUUGUGUUCUCUUUUGGUUUAGUUUGCUUUUGGCACGGUACCUACGAGCAAGCUGUUGCCAAAACAGACGUACGUUUUGUGAGUCCGUCCGUGCGUGUGUUAGUGAUGCUUUUCAACUUAUCCGCUGAGCCACUCGGAUCGAAGCAUCAAACCAGACCAGACGGUCUCGUUGCUGUGUGUCAGACGGAUUGCUAAGACUGUGAAACGAUUGUUCCCGAAUUCUACUUUGCAGCCGAUGGAAUCUACAGCGCAGGGCAGCGAAAAAGCGAAACGGAAAUGCUUGACGCUGCAACAGAAAGUUGAAAUAUUAAAUGUGUUGGAACAGCAAACGCAUACCAAAGCAGAACUGGCAAGGCUGUACAGUGUCGACCGGGCGACGAUAAGAAAAAUCGAACUGCAGCAGAAGGGAAUCUUGGAGCUUGUUUCUACAGGAUGUACGAGCAAUUUUCACCGGAAGAAAUAUGUAACCAAAAACAGCGAUCUGGAGCAAGCUUUGUAUGAUUGGUACAUAGAACUGCGAUAUCGAAAUGAAGUUGUCACGACUGGUAGAAUACUAGCAAAGGCGCACAAACUUGCUGCCGAACUUGGCAUUGCUAGCGAAUUAAAGUGCAGUGAAAAAUGGAUCCGCAACUUCAAAAAGCGAUACGACUUGAAUCAACAAGAAGCCGAGCUGGAGUCCUAUGAAAUAUACACCGAAUUACCUUCUGGAACCGGACAUGAUGCAACUAUGGGCGAUGAUUUUACUGUUGAAAACACGAUUAAACAGGAAGUUACGGAUGAUCAAAUUUAUUCGGGAAAUUUGUAUCGCUGUCAGCACGUGGUUCAGUGUUUGACGGAUGUAAUCGGGUGGGCGGAAGAUGUUGGUCUCGAGUUCGAUGAUAUUGCAAAUCUGCAGAAAAUAAAAGCGAAAGCUUUGGAAAAAUGUAAAUCGUUUGAGUAGAGGGUCAUGAAUGAUAAAGACUAAGUUGUUUAUAGAAUGAAAUAAAUAAAUAUCAAUAGUUGUAAA